AUGUCUAUUAGAUCCAAAAUGAAUAUUGUUUGCGAAAUAUUGGAAAGAUCUGCUUCUGCUUCAAAUUCACUAAGAUCAAGCACAUUAUUUUCUGGUGGUGUUUAUCUUAAUGAUCCUAAUCAAUAUAAUAGCAAUACUGCAGCAACAUCAUUUACAAGUCUUGCUACAACGCCUCUUACAGCCAGUCAUAACCUUAGGAAUGGAGGUGGAGUUGGAGGUGGAGAUGGAAGCAGAGCAAAGCUUGGUGGUAGUAACAGAAACAGAUUAAAUGAAAUAUUUGAAGAACCAAUAAAUAUAAGUGAAUACAUUAAUAGUAGUCCUGAUAAAGAUGUUUGGUUAUUGAAAUUGGUUUCAAAAUUAUCGAAUGAUUUGAAUAAAAUAUUCAAGAGUUCCACAGAUUUCGACAUGGUUAUUGAGGAUCCGGAAAAUAUAGGUUAG